AUGGUACUGGAAGAAACACAGCUGAAUAGAGGUGCAAAUGCCCCACCGCUGUUGUCACCUCAAAGUCCAAAGUUCCCAGCUAAUUCUACUCCUUUGAAAAGAGGAACUUCACCAAUGAGAUCAAAUUCAACAGUAAGAAGAACAAUGAGUGAACGCAAACAGAAAAACAGAUUAAGCUCGUCAUCAUUGAUGACACCACAUCAAUUGAAUUCUCCAGAUUCUACAUUUGAUCAAACACCUAUAAAGAGAAAUAGUAGUGUGCUUAGGAGUAAAAGAAUGUCACAAGAGGUUAAUAAUAUCAAAGUUGUUGCUAGAUUUAGACCUUUAAAUAAUCAAGAGAUGAAUGCAGAAAACUUAUCAUCAUCGCCAUCAUCAUCAUCUUCUUCUUCAGUGGAAUUCUUAGAUCCAGAAUCUCUUUCGAUUAAUAAUGAAUUUUAUACUUUUGAUAAAGUAUUCGAUCCACAAUGUUCACAAUCAAUGAUUUUUGAUUAUUCAGUUGCCCAAACUGUUGAUGAUUUAUUUAAAGGUUAUAAUGGAGCAGUUUUAGCAUAUGGACAAACAGGAUCAGGGAAAUCAUAUACAAUGAUGGGUUCAUCAAUAGAUGAAGAAGAUUCAAAGGGAAUAAUACCAAGAAUUUCAGAUUUAAUUUUUCAAAGAAUUAGUCAAGGUGAUGAAAAUAUUGAAUAUACAUUAAGUGUUUCAUAUAUGGAAAUUUAUAUGGAAAAUAUUCGUGAUUUAUUAAGUCCAGAUUUCCAAAAUAGUUUAAAUUUAACUGUUCAUGAAGAUAAAACAAGUGGAGUUCAUGUAAGGAAUUUAAAUAAAAUUUAUAUUGGUUCUUCACAAGAAUUAUAUUCAGCUUUGAAAAGAGGUUCUGAAUUAAGAGCUACUGCAUCAACUGAAAUGAAUGUUGAAUCUUCAAGAUCUCAUGCAAUUUUCCAAUUAGAUUUAACUCAAGUUAAUCAACUUGAUGGUGCUACUAAAAAAUCAAAAUUAUUCUUGGUUGAUCUUGCAGGUAGUGAAAAAGUUAGUAAAACUGGUGCAUCUGGUCAAACUUUAGAAGAAGCUAAAAAAAUUAAUAGUUCUUUAAGUUCAUUGGGGAAUGUUAUAAAUGCAUUAACUGAUUCCAAAUCAACUCAUAUACCAUAUAGAGAUUCAAAAUUAACAAGAAUUCUACAAGAAUCAUUAGGUGGUAAUUCAAGAACAAGUUUAAUUAUAAAUUGUUCACCAUCUAUUCUGAAUUUACAAGAAACUAUUUCCACUUUAAGAUUUGGUACAAGAGCUAAAAAAAUUAAGAAUAAAGCACAUGUUAAUACUGAACCAAGUAGUUUAGAAAUGAUGAAACAAAUUGAAAAUUUGAAAUUAAUCAAUGAACAACAAGAAUUUAAGAAUAAAGAACUUUUGAAUGAACUUGAAUUAUGGAAAUCAGGUUCAAGAUCAAACGGUCCAACUGAUGAAGAAAUAGCUAUACAAAAACAAAAUGAAGAUUCCAAAAAUAAAGAAACAGAUUUAAUUAUUCAAUCACUUAAUGAACGAGUUAUGAAAUUUACUGAAAUUUUCUCACAAACACCAACAUUACAAUUAGGUUCACAAGUAACAAAUGUACCAUUACAAAAACAAUUAGAAGAUACAUUAUUUGUUAAUAAAUCAUUAAUUGAAGAUUUAAAUGAAAAAUGUUCUAAAAUUGUGGAAUUAGAAGUUAAAUUAGAUCAAGUUCAAGAUAAAUUAAAUAAAAUUUCAUCAAUUGAUCCAGAAUUAGAAGAACAAAAAGUUCAAGCUUUGGAACAAACUUUAGAUAAAUUUAGUGAUAAAUUAGAAGAAUUAGAACAACAAAAUAAUUUAUUGAAAAAAGAUAUGAUUUCCACCAAAAAAAUUGCAGAUACAAGAAAUGAACGUAUUCAAACUUUAGAAUUAAUGGUCAAAGAUCAACAAUUACAAGCAAAUAAAGAAAGUGCAAAUUUUGAAAGUAAGUUAACUUUCUUAAAAGAUAGAUUAUCAAGUGUUAAGAAAUCAUCAUCUAAUCAAGCGAGUUCUAGUCAACAACAACAAUCUCAACAACAAGGUCAAAGAAGUUUUUCAAAUAAUUUUAUGUCACAAAUUAAUGAAAUUGAUUCAUCAUUUGAUUCUUUUAAUAGUGGAGAAUUUAACAAUUAUAGAUCUGAUGGUAAUAUGUUGUCCAGAAAAACUACUAAUAGUAGCAAUCAUAGUUUUAAUGGUAGAGUUGGAUUAAAUUUAAAUAUUUUAAAACCAAUUAGAGGUGGUGGUAAAAAGGAAUAA